GGCCCCUCCCCUAGUAGCCUAUGUCCCUUGUUCGUGGUCAUGGAGACAUUUCGGCCACCACGGCGGCGCCUCUUUCUGAAGAAGGGGAAGUGACCUCUGGCCUCCAAGCUCUGGCCGUGGAGGAUACUGGAGGCUCCUCUGCUUCGGCCAAUAAAGCCGAGGAAGAGGGGGAAGGAGGCCGGGAGGAGACCGAGCAUGAGGGGUCCGGGGCCGAGGAGGUGCAGGGAGAAGCCCCUAGCGCUGAAGGGGAAGAGCAUGCCAAGGGAGACUCCGAAGACUGGUGCGUGCCCUGCAGCGAUGAGGAGAUGGAGCUCCCCUCGGAUGGGCAGGCCUGGAUGCCUCCCCCCUCGGAAAUCCAGCGGCUCUAUGAACUACUGGCUGCCCACGGUACCCUGGAGCUUCAGGCUGAGAUCCUGCCCCGCCGGCCACCCACGCCUGAGGCCCAGAGUGAAGAGGAGAGAUCCGAUGAGGAGCCUGAGGCCAAAGAGGAGGAAGAGGAAAAACCGCACAUGCCUACAGAAUUUGAUUUUGACGAUGAGCCAAUGACACCAAAGGACUCCCUGAUUGACCGGAGACGCACCCCAGGAAGCUCUGCCCGGAGCCAGAAACGGGAGGCCCGCCUCGACAAGGUUCUCUCCGACAUGAAGCGACACAAGAAGCUGGAGGAGCAGAUCCUUCGUACUGGCAGGGACCUCUUCAGCCUAGACUCAGAGGACCCCAGCCCCACCAGCCCCCCGCUCCGGUCCUCAGGGAGCACUCUCUUCCCCCGGCAGCGGAAAUACUGAGCACUGCUGCUGCCUUUAGGGUGCAGAGCAUAUACCUUCUGGGCCCCGCUUCCCAAGCCCAGGGCGCUGGGACACUGGGCAAGAGCACAGAGACUCCCAAGCUCCCAACACUGCCCCUUGCCAGAAAGAGAAAGUGUGUGUGCCUAUGUAUGCUUUCUGUUGAACAUCUUUUUGGAGACCUGGGCUGAAUUCUCUGAAUCUAAAAUAAAAAAAUGCCAA